AAUAAAAACAAAUCAAAAUAAGCUCCCCCUCCCCCCAAAAAAGCUGAUCUCCAUCCACCACUGGCACACAAAUCAGAUCGGAGGCCUCUGAACAGAGUCACCUUGCUGGAGCGACAGCCAGACAGAACUGAACUGCUUCUGCUCCAUCCUCAUCUCCCUCUCUGGUGAAUGAAGGGCGGUGGUGGAUGGUCGCCCUGUCUGCGAGCCCUGGGUGGACAAAGGGGCUUCCGGAAAGACAGGAGGAGGAUGGCCAGUGGAAAUGGGCUCCCUUCGUCCUCGACCCUGGUGGCCAAGCGCCCCUCCGCCCUGGGCCCAUUCCCCAGAUACAUCUGGAUCCACCAGGAUACACCCCAAGACAGCCUAGACAAGACCUGCCAUGAAAUCUGGAAGAGAGUUCAGGGCUUGCCUGAGGCCUUGCAGCCCCUGACCUUGAAGGAGCAGCUCUCUGCCCCCGUGGUUGGGACUCCAACAGACAACGGGCUCAGCUUCCAAGAAGAGGCUCUGGAGUUCAGCAGUGACAAGGACGAGAUCUCCCUGUUGGUGGAGCAGGAGUUCUUGAACCUGACCAAAGAGCACCUCAUCCUGGUCACGGAAAGCUCAAGGGAGCUGGAGACCGCUGGCUCCCCGGAGGGGCCCGGACAGCCCCCUCCCUGCCUUCUCACGCCUCCUCUGGUGGUAGGCAGCAGGGAGCGCCCGCGAGCCUCUGCCAUUGCCGGUGACAAGCUGCUGGAGCCGAAGGUGGCCGUGUCCAUUAUCGGCAGCAGGCAGGACUGCGAUUCUGCCAUGACCACGGUCACGGGCAUCCUGCGUGCUGCCAAAGUCAAGCGUGCCAAGGGGACAGAGGACGGGGGCCACAGCCUGGGUGCCUCCAACUCAGAGAUCAGCAAGCUCCUGGCCCAGUUCCCACUAAAGUCCAAAGAGACCUCCAAGGCCCCCGACAACAAGGUGGUGCUGGAGGAGACGCGUGUCAUCAAGGAUUUCCUGCAGAACAGCAUGUUCAGCGGCCCCCUCCACAGGGAGCCCAUGGGGCUGGGCCCCUUCCUGCUGCUGCCACCUUCGCCGCCUCCUGCACCCACUGACAAGCUCCUUGAGCUCCCCGUUCAGAAGAGGCAGCUCCCAGUGUUUGCCAAGAUCUGCUCCAAGCCUGAGGUGGACCCCGACGUGGAGGGGCACCACUUGAUGGAACAAAGCUCAGGCACCAAGGAGCCAAACAAGGGUCGAGAGAACCUCUUUCUCAGUCAGUGGCCCCAGAGCCAGAAGGACAUCUGUGCUGAAGAAAGUAGCAGUGACUCUGGGGGCUCCAUGUCCAUUGCCCUACCAGCCAAGAAGUCUGCGUGGUCCCCUGAGAAGACCCUGUUCUAUGAGUUCCUUGGGGCCACCAAGAACCCAGGCGGGCAGCUGAGGCUGCGCAGCAAAGAGGUGGAUGGACUGGAGCUGAAAUUUAACCCACCUAUGACCGUGGGGGACAAGAACAACCUCAAGUACACAGGGAACGUCUUCACCCCACGCUUUGCCACCACCUUGACAUCAGCAUCCCUGAACCAGCCACUCUGGCUGAACCUGAACUAUCCACCUCCGCCAGCGUUCACAAAUCACUCCACCUUCCCACAGUAUCAGGGCCUGUACCCACAACGGGCAGCCAGGAUGCCCUAUCAGCAGCAGGCCCUGCACCCCCAGCUGGGAUGUUAUCCCCGACAGGUGACACCGUACAACCCAGUGCAAAUGGGACAGCAGAUUUUUCGCUCCUCCUACACCCCUCUGCUGAGCUACAUCCCCUUCGUCCAGCCCAACUACCCGUACCCUCAGAGGACACCUCCGAAGCUGUCCACCAACCCCCGAGACCCUUCCCCCAUGGCAGGAGAUGGGCCGCAGUUCCUCUUCCCCCAGCCUUAUGGGUUCGGCUCGUCGUCUGGUGGGCCUCUGCUGAACACCCCCUAUUUCUCCUCCAGUGGGAAUGGCAUCAAUUUUUAGAUCUCCUCCUCCUACCUUAGCCCUUGGGCCGGGGCUAAGGGCUCUGGAAUUCUGGCUGCUGCAACAACUUGGUAGGAAGUUUGGAAAGCCGAGAUUCUGACCAGGUCUCAGACAGAAGACAGCAAGACCAGACUCAUCUAUUGACCAACACUCACACACACGGCCCAAACCACACCCCGUCCCCCUCAGCAUCAUACUCACUUGCUCAACUACUUAUGCACCUG